AUGUUCAAACCAUCCAGGAUAUGCCUCAGUAGUUUCUCCAAACGUACCAAAAGAGUCCAAGUCCAACUCUUGAAAGAUUUCCCCAUGUUCCAUCUAUUUAAGGGCCAAGUUACCAAAGUGAAACCAUCAUUCAUGAGGAACUUUUUACAUCAUGGGAAUGGUGCUAAAUAUAUCCUAGAUGACAAGAAAGAUAUUGAUCCCCUGCUCUUGGCAAGUUAUCAGGAGAGACAAGCUGAGAUAGAAUUGAUGAAUGCCAAGGCAGCUGCAUCAGCUUCGCCAGCAAUAACGAUGAGUACUAAUAGCGUAUCACCACUGACAAGGACAGAUCUUGAAACCCUGAAGCAACUGAUGUUAGAAAAGAAAGAGAAAGACGACGAAAAACAUGAGAAAAAAGAAAAGGGUAUUAAUCCUGAUAUAACGUUGGAAAAUGUGAAAAUCCCUGGUUUGGAUCUUUAA